UUUGUGUGUCCAGCUGGUGAACGCAGAAUAGCGGAGCUGGCUAACAGUCUGAGCCGCAUUUCCCCUCUUUCUUGUAGGGGGUUAGACGUGCAGGUACGGCUGUGCCGCGCCAUCAGCCCCGGCUGUUCAGAUAGCUGCUAUGCCGGUUCACUCACGGGAGAAAAAAGAAAGCAACCACGAAGACAUGGAGGUGGACUUUCCCGAGCAAGACGGCAGCAGCACAGACGAGGAGGACACGGUUAGCUCGUCCGUGUCUGAAGAUGGAGACAGCUCUGAGAUGGAUGAUGAGGACUGUGAGCGGAGGAGGAUGGAGUGUCUGGAUGAGAUGACAACCCUAGAAAAACAAUUCACGGACUUGAAGGAGCAGCUGUAUAAGGAGCGUCUCAGCCAGGUGGAGAUAAAGCUGCAGGAGGUGAUGGCUGGCUGUGCCCAGGAGUAUCUGGAACCUUUGGCCAAUCUGCAAGAGAACAUGCAGAUCCGGACCAAAGUAGCUGGGAUCUACAGAGAGUUGUGCUUGGAGUCGGUGAGGAACAAAUAUGAGUGUGAAAUCCAAGCUGCUUGCCAGCACUGGGAGAGUGAGAAGUUGCUGCUUUUUGACACUGUGCAGAGUGAGUUGGAGGAGAAGAUACGCAGACUGGAGGAGGACAGACAUAGUAUUGAUAUUACCUCAGAGCUAUGGAAUGAUGGACUGCAGGCUCGGAAAAAUAAGAAAAAAGAUCCGUUCUGCCCCGUCAAGAAGAAGAAACCUGUCGUUGUUUCUGGGCCUUAUAUUGUUUACAUGCUGCAAGACCUGGAUAUUCUUGAAGACUGGACCGCCAUCAGAAAGGCAAUGGCUUCUUUGGGGCCGCACCGGGUCAAGGUGGAUGUCCCUGCAGUGAAAGCAGACAGACAUCACCAUGUGGCGCGCUCUGAGGAUGGCCGACUUUUCUACAACAACCAGUGGUACUGCAGGGGACAGACCAUCUGUAUCAACAGAAAGGACGAGUAUCCAACCAGCGCCAUCAUCACCACCAUCAACAAUGAUGAGGUGUGGUUCAAACGACUGGACGGCACCAAGUCCAAGCUGUACAUCUCCCAGUUGCAGAAAGGCAAAUAUACCAUCAAACAUUCAUAGAGGAGACGGGAACAACACUCUAACACAUUUCCGCCGUGUCCUCUCCCAUGCUGCAUCUCUUUCCAUUCUACCACACGGUCUAAACGCUAACAGAUAUCUACGAAUGCUCUCUGAACGAGAGUAUCGUUUGUGUACAUGUGCGAUAUCACACUCCGUGGUCACAAAGUGUCAUUUUCUCUGGAGCGGAGAUCAGUGCAAAGUGCUGCUAAUAAGACAUAAGCGGGGAAACAAACUAACUGUGAAGCGCAGAGCUCAGUCGAGUGCCUUUCCGAGACGGUACGCUGCCUCCGCUGAUGGCCGGUGAGGGAGGAGGCGGGCAGAAAGUCUUGACCCAUCAAUGCAGCAAAGCCUUACUCCGUGCUGCGUUCGCACCAGGAGGACUGAAGCGGGUUGGUGAUGUGUGGAUGUGAAACCCUCUAAACUUGAAUUUCAUGCUCAUAGAGAAAUUCAGUUAAAAUCAUAUUUGGGGAUCCCCUGAGGAACAUAUAGUGUCAUAAUGUUGAAAUCAACUUAGGAACCAUUGUGCUAAAAUGAUCUCUUGAUGUUUCAGUGUAAAUAUUUUUCUUGGCGCUACACCAAGCUCCCUGCACCAAGCAGAACGUGAGUGUUGGGGGGCUGCUCUGUAUAUAGAAACAUUUGUGUUCUGUGACUUUUCCUUUUGUCUGUUAAUGUUGCCAAUCAGCUCACGGUACCUCCGCUCUGUGAUCAGAGUUAAAAACAUGGUUGCAAUUAUCUGCUGCAUUUCUGUGACCCUCAGAUGUGUAAACUUCGUGCCAUUCUGCAGCAAACACUGCUGCUCAUUGCAUUAGUCCUUCUCAUUUGCUGUUUUCUCUUUCCUGUUUGGCUCUGUCCUCAUCUUUGUUUAGAGUAAAGAUCUGUAUAGCUGAUGUAUGAACUAAGUAGAAGCAAAAAAUAGGGAAUUUCUUGUUAAAAUGUUUGAUCCAUCCAGCCAACAUGUCUGCGUACGUGUGUGUGUCUUACAUUUGAGCAAGGGUUUGUGUUGUUUCUACAGAACUUUGAGAUUUUUGCUUUGUCUACAUCAGGUAUUACCUACCAGGAGUAUUGUAUUGAGAGGGAUUUGCUGCAGCAAUCAUAAGACAACUUGUAUGGGGAGCUUUAUGUGGCUUUUUCUGAAGGAAACGGUUGACAGAAAGUCAUAUUUACUCUGUUCUUUUUUUUUUUUUACUGAAUGCAUCAUGAGUUCCUGUACAUGAAACAAUCAAAAAUAAAGACCAGAAGUUGUGCC